GCACUAAACUCCUCUUUCUUUCUCCUUCUUCUUUGCCUCUUUUCUCUACACGUUUUCAGUUUCAGUCUAAAGAACACAAACCAAAGAAACAAGUCAUAUAUACUCUUAAAUUGCCUUAUUGUGAUGUGGGCAUUGUUCAUUUGGGUUUCUCUGCUUCUCAUAACCAUCACACAUUGGGUUUACAGCUGGAGAAACCCCAAAUGCAGAGGGAAGCUUCCACCAGGUUCAAUGGGUUUCCCAUUACUCGGUGAGACUAUCCAGUUCUUCAAGCCAAACCCAACUUCAGACAUCCCUCCUUUUAUCAAACAAAGGGUCAAGAAGUUUGGACCAAUUUUCAAGACUAAUCUCGUGGGGAGACCAGUGAUUGUAUCAACAGAUCCUGAUCUGAGCUACUUUGUGUUUCAACAAGAGGGUCGAUGUUUCCAGAGUUGGUAUCCAGACACUUUUACCAAUAUCUUUGGAAAGAAGAACGUGGGUUCAUUACAUGGAUUUAUGUACAAGUACCUUAAAAGCAUGGUCUUGACUCUAUUUGGCUACGAUGGUCUUAAAAAGAUGCUUCCUCAAGUAGAGAUGACUGCAAAUAAGAGAUUAGAGCUUUGGUCAAAUCAGGAAUCAGUAGAACUUAAAGAUGCUACCGCAAGUAUGAUAUUUGAUCUCACCGCAAAGAAGUUGAUCAGCCAUGAUCCAGACAAGUCAUCAGAGAAUCUAAGGGAAAACUUUGUUGCUUUUAUUCGAGGACUGAUCUCCUUCCCUUUUAACAUUCCAGGCACAGCUUAUCACAAAUGUCUUAAGGGUAGGGAAAACGCAAUGAGAAUGCUGAGGAAUAUGCUUCAAGAAAGGCGUAAGAAACCGCGGAAGAACCCAAAUGACUUUUUUGAUUAUGUCAUUGAAGAGAUUCAGAAAGAGGGUACAAUCCUGACAGAGGAGAUUGCACUAGACUUGAUGUUUGUCUUGCUAUUCGCAAGCUUUGAAACAACUUCUCUCGCUUUAACUUUAGCCAUCAAGUUUCUUUCGGAUGACCCUGAAGUUCUAAACCGUUUGACGGAAGAACAUGAGGCGAUUCUGAGAAACCGGGAAGAUGCCAAGUCUGGACUUACAUGGGAAGAAUACAAGUCAAUGACUUACACAUUUCAGUUCAUAAACGAAACAGCAAGACUAGCAAAUAUAGUUCCUGCAAUCUUCAGAAAGGCCUUGAUUGAUAUAAAAUAUAAAGAUUAUACAAUUCCAGCCGGCUGGGCGGUGAUGGUCUGUCCUCCAGCUGUACAUUUGAAUCCAGACCAGUAUGCAGAUCCUUUAGUCUUUAACCCAUCAAGAUGGGAGGAAUCAAAGUCUAACAAUGCAUCUAAGCACUUCAUGGCUUUUGGUGGCGGUAUGAGGUUUUGUGUUGGAACUGACUUCACUAAAUUGCAGAUGGCUGUUUUUCUUCACAGCCUUGUAACCAAAUACAGGUGGGAGGAGAUAAAAGGAGGGAAUAUACUACGAACUCCAGGAUUACAGUUUCCAAACGGUUACCAUGUCAAACUCCAUAAGAAAAUAGACUAGAGAUAAUGUUAUAAGUAUAACAUAUAUAAGUUGGUAGGAUAAGUUGUUAUACAUUUUUCUUAAGAUCACGUUCAUCUUUAACUCCCUAAGGUAAAGGUGGGGAAGAUGUUGGGGUCUAUCUUGAAUCCAUUUGUCUUAAUUAGCUGCAAGGUGAAAACACAGUUUUGAUUUCAAGCAGGAGCUUAUUUGGUGUGUCUGGUCAUAAACUGUAAUAAUGUAUAGUAUUUGAUCACAUGCAUGUAAAAAGACUUCAAGUGAAUGUACUUCUAACUCCUGAGAUGAAUCAGGAGAUUUAUUGGUGAUUAUCCUUUUUCUAA